GCGUCUCUUCCGGUUCCUUUCUUCGUUUACACCGUUCAUUCAGUCCUCUGGUAGCUCGCACGGUGGAUUCACUAGUUAAUCCAUUUAACGUCAACCGACACCUGGGGAGAAGCUGUGCAGCUCUUCAAAUACCCGUGCUACUUAUUUACCAGCCGGUGUCCACUACUUGAGCAUAUCUCCGCCAUGGCUAGCUACCAUAAACCGGACGAGAAGACGCUGCAGGGCCUGAAAGACAUCGCUAACAAGUUACGGAUCAACUCGGUCAAGGCAACAUGCGCCUCCAACUCUGGUCAUCCCACCACAUGUUGCAGUGCCGCAGAGCUGAUGUCCGUGCUGUUCUUCCACACGAUGCGUUACAAAGCCACCGACCCACGCAACCAGUGUAACGACCGCUUCGUACUGUCCAAGGGUCAUGCUGCACCAAUCCUGUACGCUGCCUGGGCGGAGGCGGGCUUUGUGAAGGAGGCUGACCUGAUUAACCUGAGGAAGAUAGACUCUGACCUGGAGGGUCACCCCACACCUAAACUGGAGUUUGUUGACGUGGCAACGGGGUCUCUGGGACAGGGGCUCGGGGCCGCCUGCGGGAUGGCGUACACCGGGAAACACUUCGACAAGUCCAGUUACCGUGUGUACUGCAUGCUGGGUGAUGGGGAGUGUUCGGAGGGGGCUGUCUGGGAGGCCAUGGCGUUUGGUUCCCACUACAACCUGGAUAACUUGGUGGCUAUUAUCGACGCCAACCGCCUGGGACAGAGUGAAGCUGCUCCUCUCAAACACGACAUGGACGUGUACCGGAAACGCUGCGAAGCCUUCGGGUGGAACACGUAUGUAGUGGACGGUCAUGAUGUUGAGGAGCUGUGUAAAGCUCUGUGGCAGGCCCAGCAGGUGAAGGGGAAACCCACCAUGAUCGUCGCCAAGACCUUCAAGGGGAGAGGACUCAAAGGCAUAGAGAACACGGAUAAUUGGCACGGGAAGCCCAUGCCUAAGGACCGGGCCGAGGAGGCCAUUAAACACUUACAGGCUCAGAUUCAGAACCCCAACAAGACCAUCUGCCCCGAGCUACCCAACGAAGAUACCGCCCCCGCUGACCUUUCACCUAUCAGCCUGCCUAGCCCUCCCAGUUACAAGAUCGGAGACAAGGUGGCUACUCGUAAGGCGUAUGGCGUGGCCCUGGCUAAACUGGGUCAGUCCAGUCAGAGGGUGGUCGCUCUGGACGCUGACAUGAAGAACUCUACCUUCUCUGAGAUGUUCCACAAGGCCUUUCCUGAACGCUUCGUUGAGUGCUUCAUCGCUGAACAGAACAUGGUGAGCGUGGCGAUCGGCUGUGCCACGCGGGACCGCACGGUGGCGUUCGCCAGCACCUUCGCUGCCUUCCUGUCUCGGGCUUACGACCAUAUCAGAAUGGCUGCCGUCUCAGAGUCUAACAUCAACCUGGCGGGAUCACACUGUGGAGUCUCUAUUGGUGAGGAUGGCCCCUCCCAGAUGGCAUUGGAAGACAUCGCCAUGUUUCGUGCUAUCCCAACAUGCACGCUGUUCUACCCAAGUGACGGCGUCUCCACCGAGAGGUCUGUGGAGCUGGCUGCUAACACCAAGGGUAUCUGUUUCCUCCGCAUCACCAGACCAGAACUAAAGGUGAUCUACGACCCCAAGGAGAAGUUUGAGGUGGGCGUGGCCAAGGUGGUGCGUCAGUCCGACAGCGACAAGGUGACCGUGAUUGGAGCUGGAGUGACUCUGCAUGAAGCCUUGACUGCUGCUGACCUGCUGGCCAGCGAGGGAGUGAACAUCCGUGUGAUCGACCCGUUCACCAUCAAGCCCCUGGAUGCUGCCACCAUCUUAUCGAGCGCCCGCGCCACCGGCGGGAGAAUCAUCACCGUCGAGGACCACUACAGAGAGGGUGGUCUGGGGGAGGCGGUGCUGUCUGCGGUGGGGGAGGAGCCUGGUAUCAUGGUGACGCGCUUGGCGGUGAACCGUAUACCCCGGAGUGGAAAACCUCAGGAGCUCCUGGACCUGUACGGCAUCAGCGCCAAACACAUCGCCAACGCCGUGCGCCAGACCUUCGCUAACUGAAACAUGGGCCCUGGUCUAAAGUAGUGUACUAUAUAGGGUGACAUUUGGGAUAUACACAACUCUUCUCUCCUCUCUGACCUGUCACCCCCCCCUCCCUCUCUGACCUGUCACCCCCCCCUCCCUCUCUGACCUGUCACCCCCCCCUCCCUCUCUGACCUGUCACCCCCCCCUCCCUCUCUGACCUGUCACCCCCCCCUCCCUCUCUGACCUGUCACCCCCCCCUCCCUCUCUGACCUGUCACCCCCCCUCCCUCUCUGACCUGUCACCCCCCCUCCCUCUCUGCAGUCUGAGGGGUGAAACGUCGUGGACCUCUGUUCUGGACCUUUCUCCACCCGACCUUCUCCUUCUCACCAUUUCUAUUGAAGAUGAAUUGUGUCUUUGUCAGAUUCCUUAAAUCCCAUGUUUCUGUAUCGCUCUUCAUUCCUUCUCUUUCCAUUCCAACCACAUUCCAUGUGUUCUAACUGUUCUAGCUGUUCCAUGUGUUCUAGCUGUUCCAUGUGUUCUAGCUGUUCCAUGUGUUCUAGCUGUUCCAUGUGUUCUAGCUGUUCCAUGUGUUCUAGCUGUUCCAUGUGUUCUAGCUGUUCCAUGUGUUCUAGCUGUUCCAUGUGUUCUAGCUGUUCCAUGUGUUCUAGCUGUUCCAUGUGUUCUAACCUCCAUGUUUCUCCAUAGCACUGUUACAGGCACACCGCCAUCUUGGUUUCUCAUUGAGCCAGCAUGGUGUCUAACUGAUGCAGGGAAUUGACGGACCAGAGUUGUAAUGACUCACUUACAAAAGAGCUGAAUUUUAAACUGCUAUGUAAUAUACUGUUCUCCUGACCUGUUGGUAUCUGACCUUGAUCUCUUCAUGUGUCUGUUACUGCUGCUGUGUUACCCAGGCCCUGUCAACUCAUGGUUGGUUUGCAUUGCCGUUAUGCUGAAAUAAAAACCUGACCCAA